CCCGCCAAUUCAACAGCCAGGUGCUAUGGGUGUGGGACAGAUGGGACAGCCAGUAAAUCCUCAGUUGCCUCAGAAUCAACAACAAGCGCAACAAACGCAACAGCAACAAGUUCAGCAGCAACAGCAACAGCAGCAGCAGCAACAACAGCAACAACAAACACAGGAUCAACGGGGCAUCAAACGCAGCAUCUCCGACGUCUGCUACGGCGACGACGGUAAUAAUCCACGGCAGCUCUCGCAGGGCAUCCCCGCCGGCGGCAUGCCCGGCGACUGCGUCCCCGACAAUCUCGACGAGUCUUUCACCAGUCUAGGCCAGCCGAAGAAAUCACCCCCCUCGAACGGCAAGAAGACUAAGGGCCGGGUGAAAAUUAAGAUGGAGUACAUCGACAAUAAACUCCGGAGAUACACCACGUUCUCCAAGAGGAAGACUGGCAUUAUGAAGAAGGCGUACGAGCUGUCGACGCUGACCGGUACGCAAGUGAUGUUACUGGUGGCGAGCGAGACCGGCCAUGUGUACACGUUCGCGACGCGCAAACUGCAACCAAUGAUCACGAGCGAUGCCGGGAAGGCGUUAAUCCAGACGUGUCUCAACAGUCCGGACCCACCGCCGUCGGGUUCGUCGGGCGACCAGAGGAUGUCAGCGACCGGGUUCGAGGAGACCGAGCUGACGUACAACAUCGCCGACGACGAGCAGAAAGAGGACGGCGCGUCGCCCAGAUCCGACGUCUGCGCCAACGAGAGCGACGGCGAGAGCAGCGACGGUGACUCUCCCGUCGUCCCUAAGGAUCCUCUUAAGAUUACCAAUCACUCGGGAAAUGUGCCUUCGUUCUCUGCAGGGAUUAUGUACCAGGUGCCUCAGAGUGUCAUUUAUUCGCCCAGUCCAGGAGUCUUGCUCGGCAUAGGACAAAACGGGCAACCGGUGCAAAUAUCUCAAGACGGAGGUACAGUAGCACCGGUGGCGAACUCAUCGCAAUCGAACCAGCCGUUCAUCACAAUACCGCUGAACGUUGCGAUGAGCGCGGGAUUGUCCUUACCGGUGACCUCCAGGAUGUCCUCCAGGUCACCCACGACGACGACUUCGACGACAACGGCGGUAGCGGCGAUGUCCGGCUGUAGCGACUUGCCUUCCGACCUGAGCAAAGAUCGGGAAUGACGCAGGAAUUUUCCGACGAG